GGCGGGCCGAGGCACAUGCUGGCUAUUCAUCCCACUGCUACCAUCAACUGCUGCCAUCAACAUCAAUCAUGUCCAUAGCGCCGCGAUACCACCAAUUAUAAGAAUACGAUUCUCAAUGCGCCGGAGGGUCCUCGCACGCCACUGCCUCCAUGGCCGCCAUGCUUGAGUUCCGAACGCAAGGCUACAACCCCUACGCCGUCAAGUACUCGCCCUACUACGACUCCCGCAUCGCUGUCGCAUCGUCCGCCAACUUUGGCAUCGUCGGCAAUGGACGGGUAUACUCCCUGGGCUUGUCGGCGCAAGGCAUCCAGGUCGAGAAGACCUUUGAUACCAACGACGCCCUAUACGACCUGGCAUGGUCCGAGAUCAACGAGAACCAGCUCGUCACGGCCUGCGGCGAUGGCUCGCUCAAGCUGUUUGAUCUGGGCGUCGAUGACUUCCCGGUCAUGAACUUUCACGAACAUAAGCGCGAAACGUUCUCUGUCGCUUGGAACCCCGUGACCAAGGACACGUUCAUCUCAAGCUCGUGGGAUGGCACCGUCAAGAUUUGGUCUCCCACGCGCAACCAUUCCAUCAAGACGCUGCCCAUCGGCAAUUGCACCUACAGCACCGCAUUCUGCCCCUCGAACCCGGCCUUGAUAUCGGCCGUCUCGUCCGACUCGCAUCUCCGCAUCUUCGACCUGCGCACGCCGUCCUCGGCAAAGUACCAUCUCGUAUCGACGGUGCCUGUGCACGCCGCGCCGGCCGGACCUUCAGCCCAGGGACCUUCAGCCCAGGCAGCCCCGGCCGAGGUGCUCACGCAUGACUGGAACAAGUAUAACGAUACUGUGAUAGCAACAGGCGGCGUCGAUAGGAUCUUGCGCACUUUCGAUAUCCGCAGUCCAACGGCCGGUCCACUGUCGUUGAUGCAGGGCCACGAGUACGCCGUGCGACGGCUUGCGUGGAGCCCGCACGCCAGGGAUGUCUUGAUCAGUGCCAGCUACGACAUGACGGUGCGGCUAUGGCAUGACAAUGCGGGACCGCCGCAGGACUUGGCCCUGGGCCCGCGACUCGGGCAGCAGAUGGGCGUCAUGAACCGGCAUACAGAGUUUGUGACGGGCGUGGACUGGUGCCUCUUUGGCAUGGGAGGCUGGGUGGCUUCCGUCGGGUGGGAUGAGCGAGUGCUUCUGUGGGACUCCAACAUGCUGAUGUCUGGGAGAUGAAGGCGGAAAAAGAUAAGAUACCACGCAUGCAUGGCACGAGGAAGGCGAAAUAAGAACUGGAUCCAAAGGGCGUUUGCGAGGCAUGGCAUGAUAGGAACAUCAGUAUAGAUAAGCUCGCCGUGCUCU